AUGGAGAGAAUAACUCAUACGGACCGCGAAGGCCAUUUUAGAACAUGCAAAUCAAUGCGAUCAGUCGACGACAGCGCUUCAGUGCGAAUCCACUCCUCAACGGAGUUGGCUCGAUGGCCGGGAGUCCUAGGUGAAGGAAGGGCACUAGCCGCUUUCUCGGCUAAAAGCUCCGUAGCUCAAGUGAGUUGGUACGACUCUUACAACGCCAGCUCCACGGGAAAGAGAAUGGGGUACGGAGUUGUGAAGUGGGAGAGGAGCGUAGGACCAACCAAAGAUGCUAACUCUCUGGGCAGAGUUGCUAUUUAUUGA